UGGCAGACGAGGGAAGACGCGUUUACGACACCUGUGGAAGUGUAGGCAGUGUUGUGCGGCGAAGGAGAGGAACGAGCAGACAAAACACACAAUUUCGCGUCGUCAUUUGUGGUAUUCCUAAGGCUACUGUGUCCGGUAGCGUACAGACAUGAGCAGACAGAAGGUGUGAACAGUUGGUGAACAGUGAAUUAAUUGGAACACCCCGUUUAUCUGAGGCCCGUGUGCGUAGUGCUCCACCAGAGCAGUUCCGGUUCGAUCGUAUUCUGACAACAACAGUGCAACAACACGAUACAAGAUGGUGGAAAAGCUGGACACGCGGAGCUGUAUCUUUUCGCUGCUAUACUCGGUUGUUUCGUUUGCGGUGGCUUGCGCAAGCUUGUCCACGCUGAACCCGAGUGAUCGCAUAACCGUCGAGAAAGGUGCGCUUCUUAUCAGCUUUGGCUUUGUGUACUUCAUCGCACUUACCGAGUUUCUGAACAAGCUCCUGCUGCGGACAACCAUCGGGCACAGCUUUAUUAAGCGAUAUCGGUUGCGUGUUUCGGAUGUGCUGGAUAUAACGAACAAGGUCGUAUCAGCUGUUCAGGCCGCCUUUUCCUGUAUUGCCGGGCUUUUCGUAUGCCGCUGGUCAUGUCCGAGGAAUUUUCUGCACGCCUCACACUUUCUGUCGGAAUCGUACGCCUGGUUUGCGGCGUCGUAUUUUUUCUACGACCUUUGGUCCAUGUACAAAAUCUACGCGGCUGAAGCGGCCAUCAAAAUAAAGGUUAAACUCGGUCUGCAGUCAGCGGUCGGGGAUAAUAACAACGGUAGGAAUGGCACAGCGAACGGUGAUGGUGGAACGGUGGCGCAAAAGGCACUGCAAGCACUGGACGACAUUCCGAGCGUGGAACAGGGUACACUUUCCUUUGUAAAUCCGUGCAAGAUAGGCAUCCCGAGUUUCGCCAAGUACCUGUCGACGCAUCCCUUGAUGGUGUUUCAUCAUCUUUUCAUCGGGUCGUACGGAUUGGUUGUAAUAUCGUAUCUUCGUGGCGGCUUAGGAGAUUGCGUGUUUAGCUUCAUGUAUAUGAUGGAACUUUCCACGCCGUUCGUAUCAUUCCGUAGCAUUCUCAGCGUGAUGGGAUUGAAACAAUCAAAACUGUAUGUCAUCAAUGGGCUGGUGAUGCUGGUCACUUUCUUUUGGUGUCGCAUCUUUCUAAUGCCCUAUGUCUGCUACUACUAUAGCCAGGUGGUGAAUAAGCCAUUCUUUGAGGCUGUGUGGAAUUUACCGUGGGGAUGUCAAGUAAGCAUUUUGGCACUGUUUUUGCCCCAACUGUACUGGUUCCGGUUGAUGGUACGAGGCGCUAUGAAGGUAUUCUUCCCAUCAAAGAACAAACGCAACACUACAAUUGCGGCAAACUCUUGCGCAAAUGAAGUGUCCACCAACGGAGAAACUAUAAAAUCUUCCCAAUCCAAAGAUAGUGAAAUACGGUCCCUAAUGUAAGGUAUACAGUGUGUGUUUUUUUCGCAGUUUCACCGACCGAGGGCACUGGGUAGUAGGGCAUUGACAUGUUAGUAAAUGUUAAUGAAUAAGUGUUAUUUUGUGUGUAAUUUGAAUAUUCACCGACACGCUCGAUGUAUUCAACGUUUUGAAUGUAAGACAUUCGAUGAUGAAGCAGGGAAAUAGUGACGCUGGAGUGACGAUAAAUGGAUACGAUGUAGUAAAAGGGUAGACAGGCAGGGCAUACGGAGACGACGAUGGAGCUAGGUUUUAGCAGGGACAAACUUACUCACUUCCAUGUUUACACAACCAGUAGAACAAAUGUGCUGCUGCUUAGUUUACCUAGUCAUAGUAUGUGCGUUUUGUUCACCACAGGAACGUUAAUAGCUUAACAAACUCCCUUCAUUAUAAAACCUUGCGCAGGGAUAAGUUCACUCGGUUCUUCCACGGUGUGCUUGCCAUGUUGCCCUGUUACCGAUACAGUACGAUUAUUUUGUGAUUGCCCAUUUAAGUUAUACACGAUAAUGAGGAAACCGAAAACCAAACGCUAUAGGAUUAUGAUCACCACAACCUCCCAUAAACAUAUUAUACUAUAUUGUUGUUAAAACAAAACAAACAUACACGUGCAGAUUCCAACACAGAAACAAACGAAAGGAAGGAAGCACAACAUUACUUAUACAGCGAACCAUCUUACGGUAGUAGAUGAUAGACUUUUUUGUGCAUUUUUUCUACAAACAUAGCAGAAACCAGCGCGCACAAUGUUUUCUGUGCGAAAUAGUUUACAAGUACGGUGUUAUACAUGUGUACAUUCAAUCCUGAGUACGUGAGUAGAUAUAUUAAUGAACGGAUCGUGAGGCGUGAGUAGCAGCUAGUAGGACGAUUACGGAAAUUAGAGCAUAUUUGGCAUUGGGAGUUGCAGAAUGGAUUGCAAGGAUAGAAAAAAAUAUUCAUAUAAAUAAUCAAUGGAGCUUUCAUAUUAGUGUGAUGUUUACCACGUUAUUAGGCACGACGAGUAUAAGGAGCUAAAAAAGGAUGUGCAAAUUUAAAGACAACAUGAUGUAUGGAAAAUUAUUUUUCCAUUCGGCAAUUGGACUGCGCUCAUCAUUGAAUGGAGCUGCAUGAUAAUGGAAUAUCGUAAUCGUUAGUCGAAAUAAAGGAUAGACUGUC